UCCUUGUAACAACUCUGUGAUGCCUCCCUCUGGUCUUCCAGAACCCCAGCUUUCGGAACGUUGCUGCCGAGGCUGCUGUGGCCUCAGCGUGUCCAAGAAGGGACUUCAUUUCUGCCUCUGGAUUUCGUUAGGACGGCCAGCUGCCUGUGGGUCCUGCUCCGGUGACUGAGGGAAGCCAGGAGCCUGCCCUUUGGACCACGACUCUCUAUCUCAAGCGCCCUAGAGUCGGCUGUCCUGACCCUGCUCGGCCCCAGCAGGCCUGGGAGUAACUGGCCUUCCUGCAGGACGACAGCCAUGGGGCUGCUCUGGACAUUCCUGCUGCUGGUGGCCUCUUGUGUGUCCGCUGUCCGGGGCUCGCCAAGGGAUGACGACAAGGAGGAUGUCAGCAUCCACAUGUCCCCCCCCUUGCACAUCGUGGAAGAAGGCAACCUGAUGGUGCUGACGCCCGCUGGCCUGACCCAGAUGCUGAACCAGACCCGCUUUCUCAUGGUGCUUUUCCACAACCCGUCCUCAAAGCAGUCCAGGAGCCUCGCCGAGGAGCUGGGCAAAGCCGUGGAGAUGGUGGGCAAAGGCAAGAACGGGGUCGGCUUCGGCAAAGUGGACGUCACGGUGGAGACGGGGCUGCAGAAGGAGUUCGACAUUCGCAAGGCCCCGGAGCUGAAGCUGUUUUUUGAGGGCAACAGGUCGGAGCCCAUCAGCUGCGAAGGAGUGGUCGAGUCUGCGGCCUUGGUCGUCUGGUUGAGAAGACAAAUUAGCCAGAAAGCGUUUCUGUUCACCGACACCCAGCGGGUGGUCGAGUUUGUGAAAGCCAGGCCCUUGGUCAUCAUCGGCUUCUUCCAGGAUUUAGAGGAAGAAGUGGCCAAGCUGUUCUAUGACGUCAUCAAAGACUUCCCUGAGCUCACGUUUGGGGUGAUAGCCAUUCCCCACGCCGCCGGGCUUUUCCACGUCACCCUCGACAGCGUCCUGGUGUUCAAAAAGGGGAAAAUGGUGAACCGCCAGGAGCUGGUCAAUGACAGCACCAACAAACAGACCCUCAGUCAGGUCAUAAAGCAGCACCUCACGGGUUUUGUUAUCGAGUACAACGCCGAGAACAAGGACUUGAUCUUUGAGCUGCGAGUGCUGAAUCACAUGCUCCUCUUUGCCUCGAAAAGCUCCCUGGCGUUCGGUGAGAUAAUGCAGCAUUACAGGGCGGCUGCCAGGGAGUUCCAGAACAAGAUUCUCUUCAUCCUCGUGGACUCCGAUGAGCCCAGGAACGGGCGUAUCUUCGAAUACUUCCGGCUCACGGAGGUCGACAUCCCCUGCGUCCAGAUCCUCAACCUAAGCUCUGACGCCAGGUACAAAAUGCCGUUUGAGGACAUAACCUUCCAAAACCUCAAGAAAUUCGGCCGCAGUUUCCUGCAUAGAAGUGCCAAG